AUUUCUCAUCCCUUUGCUCCACUUCGUUGACACUCCCACCCCUCUCCACCCCAGGCAGCUAACUUCACCCAAACUUUGACCUAUUACUCUCUCCACUUAACUCUGGCCCAGGGCAACCAAGACAAGACAUAAGAGCGGCAUGAGCCGAUCACUCCCCUAUCCCAUCCAACUCCAACCUGUGGGCUCCCAGGAUGCCCAGGUGCAGCCUGCUCUCCAGAAUCCUUCCUCUCACUCUUGGGCCUCUCUGUGUGGGCCUCCCUCCUGGGGCUUCAGCUGUCUUCUGGCUCUGCAGCAUAUCUUGGUCCUGGCUUCUCUGCUUUGUGCUUCCCACUUGUUCCUUCUUUGCAGUCUCCCUCCAGGAGGACUCUCGUACUCCCCUUCUCAGCUCCUAGCCUCCAGCUUCUUUUCAUGUGGGUCUACCAUCCUGCAAACUUGGAUAGGCAGCAGGCUACCUCUUGUCUAGUCUCCAUCCUUAGAGUUCCUUAUCCCUGCUCUGGUGCUGACCAGCCAGAAGCUACCCCUUGCCAUCCAGACACCUGGAAACUCAUCCCUUGUACUGCACCUGUGUAGGGAGCCUGGAUGUCAUGGCCUGGAGCUCUGGAACACUUCUCUCUGAGAGGUGUCUGGGGCAGUGAUGGUGUCCGGGCUGCUGCAGGGGACUGGGCUUUCAGGGGGUCCUAGCUAUGUGUUUCCCCACUGUGGGCCCCUGGUGCUGGCUCCCAGCCUGGUUGUGGCAGGGCUCUCUGUGCACAGCGAGGUGGCCCAGUUCUGCUCCUCUCACUGGGGCUUACCUUUGCUAUACUUGAGUCAUGAGAGGCUUAUCCUGCUCGUGAUGGUCUAUUCUCAGCACCUAGGCUCCUGCUAGGUGCCCCCAUACCCCUGGAGGCCAGCUGCAGCAUCUCCAUCUCACACUCACUUCCCUGCCUUCUGGCUCCUCUUGGUGCUGAUCCCUGUGGCCUGUGUGUGGAUCAUCUCUGCCCUUCUGGGUUUCAGCAUUAUCCCCCUGGACCUAUCUGCCCCACCAAGGCACCGUGGUCUCAGGUAGUCUGAUUCUAAGGCUGCUCCUUCUCCUUCCCCAGGUGAGUGGGACUGGUCCUUGCUGACACCUAGGGCUCUGGUGGCAGGCAUCCCCAUGGCCUUGGCAGCUUCCACCAGCUCCCUGGACUGCUACACCCUAUGUGGCAGAUUGCUGCAUUUGCCUCCUCCACCUCCGCAUGCCUGCAGUAGAGGGCUGGGCCUUGAGGGGCUGAGCAGUGUGCUGGCUGGGCUGCUGGGAAGCACCAUGGGCACUGCAUCCAACUUCUCCAAUGUGGGCACAGUGAAUCUUACCCAGACUGGAUCUCGGCAAGUGGCCCACUUCAUGGGGCUGCUCUGCAUGGGGCUUGGGCUCUCCCCCAGGCCUACUCAGCUCUUUACCACUAUCCUGCUACCUGUACUUGGUGGGGUGCUGGGGGUGACCCAGGCUGUGGUCCUGUCUGCUGGAUUCUCUAGCUUCCACCUGGCUGACAUUGACUCUGGGUGGAAUGUCUUCAUUGUGGGUUUCUCCAUCUUCAUGGCCCUGCUGCUGCCAGAAUGGGUUCGGGAAGCCCCGGUUUUACUCAGCACAGGCUGGAGCCCCUUGGAUGUGUUAUUGCACUUGCUGCUGAGAGAGCCCAUCUUCUUGGCUGGACUCUUGAGCUUCCUCCUAGAGAAUACUAUUCCUGGCACACGGCUUGAGCGAGGCCUAGGUCAAGAGCUGCCAUCCUCUUUUGCUGCCCCAAAGGCUCAAAUGCCUCAGAUAUCCAGACACAAGGCUGCUCAAGAGUAUGGGCUUCCUUUCCCCAUCCAAAACCUUUGUCCCUGCAUCCCCCAACCCCUCCGUUGCCUCUGCCCACUGCCUGAAGACCCUGGGGAUGAGGAAGAAGGACCCUUUGAGCUAGGAGAGAUGGCAGACCUGCUGCCUGGCUCUGGAGAGCCAUGCACUGCAUCUAGCAGAGGAGGGUUUAGAUCCCAGUAAUUACCAGGAGUCUUAGUUCUUCCCUGGUUAGUUUAACUGUAACUUCUAGCUUGCUGGUGAAUCAAUUCCCAGGUUCUACUUUCUCCUGGGGUGUGUGUGUGUGGGGGGAGAG